GAUAUGUCCUCAGCACCAACUACUCCUCCAUCAGUGGAUAAAGUAGACGGAUUUUCUCGGAAGUCCGUCAGAAAAGCCAGACAGAAGAGGUCGCAGAGUUCAUCACAGUUUAGGUCUCAAGGCAAGCCUAUUGAGUUGACGCCUCUGCCGCUGCUAAAAGACGUUGCAUCCUCAGAGCAGCCUGAACUGUUCCUAAAGAAACUUCAGCAGUGCUGUGUCAUUUUUGACUUCAUGGACACGCUAUCUGAUCUUAAAAUGAAAGAAUACAAGCGCUCCACUCUUAAUGAACUGGUGGACUACAUUACAAUAAGCAGAGGCUGUUUGACAGAGCAGACUUACCCUGAAGUAGUUAGAAUGGUAUCUUGCAAUAUAUUCAGAACUCUCCCUCCUAGUGACAGCAAUGAAUUUGAUCCUGAAGAAGAUGAACCUACCCUUGAGGCGUCGUGGCCACACUUACAGCUUGUCUAUGAAUUUUUCAUACGAUUUUUGGAAAGCCAAGAAUUCCAACCCAGCAUUGCCAAAAAAUAUAUAGAUCAGAAAUUUGUAUUACAGCUUUUGGAGCUUUUUGACAGUGAAGACCCUAGAGAACGAGACUACUUAAAAACAGUCUUACACAGAAUCUAUGGCAAGUUUCUUGGUCUUAGAGCAUUUAUCCGAAAACAGAUUAACAAUAUUUUUCUAAGGUUUGUUUAUGAAACAGAACACUUUAAUGGUGUAGCUGAACUGCUGGAAAUAUUAGGAAGUAUUAUCAAUGGCUUUGCUUUACCUCUUAAGGCAGAACACAAACAGUUUCUGGUGAAAGUGUUGAUUCCUUUACAUACCGUCAGGAGCUUAUCACUCUUCCAUGCUCAGCUGGCAUAUUGCAUAGUACAGUUUCUGGAGAAAGAUCCUUCACUCACAGAACCUGUUAUUAGGGGGUUAAUGAAAUUUUGGCCCAAAACCUGUAGUCAAAAAGAGGUCAUGUUCCUUGGGGAACUGGAAGAAAUCUUGGAUGUGAUCGAACCUUCACAAUUUGUUAAAAUUCAACAACCUUUGUUCAAACAAAUUGCCAAGUGUGUAUCUAGCCCCCAUUUUCAGGUGGCAGAAAGGGCACUCUAUUAUUGGAAUAAUGAAUAUAUCAUGAGUUUGAUAGAAGAAAACUCGAAUGUCAUCCUCCCCAUCAUGUUUUCCAGUCUUUAUAGGAUUUCCAAAGAACACUGGAAUCCGGCUAUUGUGGCAUUAGUGUACAACGUGUUGAAGGCCUUUAUGGAGAUGAACAGCACCAUGUUUGAUGAGCUGACAGCCACAUACAAGUCAGAUCGUCAGCGUGAGAAAAGGAAGGAAAGGGAGCGUGAAGAAUUAUGGAAAAAACUGGAGGAUCUGGAGUUAAAGAGAGGUCUUAGACGUGAUGGAAUAAUCCCAACUUAACAGAAAAAAACCGCCAGCACCAUUACUGACCUGUGGAGUCACCCAUUUAUGUAGUAGAAGAUGGAGCAACAGUUUUCUGUAUUGUGCAACUUUACAGUAGAUUUCACAUUUGUUUCAUUAUUACAACAGCACUGUAUAUACCUGUCUCUAAGUAAAGAAAAAAAAAUAAGGACUUCAAUCCAACGUUUGGACAGUAGACGGACUUCUCAAAACUUGGCAAACAUAAUCAUUGUUCUAAUCCUCUUCCAAAAACUAAAAGCAGUCUUCAAAGAUCUGUUGAUGCAAUUGAUGUGUUCAAAUUCCAUUAUUGGGAGUUCCUUAUGUAUCAUUAGCAGAGAGUCUGAAAAACCUUCUCAAUUGUGAACAAUCUUAAAUUUAGCUUGUCUUUCUGCUAAGCUGUUCAAUGUAUUUAUAGUAAAGGAAACAAAAAAGACUGUCAUCUCCUUAGAAAUUUGUAUACCAUCCUCCUCUGGAUAACUCGACUGUAAUUUGACAUGUUUUCCUUUUGCACAUCUUCAUGAGUUGAAUGUCCACACUGCAUGGGGCCAUGAAGUAACAAAGGUCCCUGAUAAGUUUUGUUGACUGGAGUGAACAUCUGUCCGGUAACCAGGCUGUCCUGGUACUCCUUUAGUUUUAUAAUUAGGAGUCAAAGAGAAGAGGUGAUAAACAUAGUAGGGAAGGGAAAUUUUGGAUUCAUAGAUCAGUUUCCAGUGAAUCCAAAUCAAUGUCUUGAAUCCUUUGAAAACAGGCACUGACUGGGUCAUCAUUAGGCUUCAGUACCUGACCAGUAUUAGUUUUAUACAUCAUUGAACACACAUACCAGAGAUGUGUUGGAAAUGUCAGAGAACAUCCUUUUGGACCAUUUUGAAAUCAGAAAGACAAAACACUAAAUCAACAAAACCAUGAAAUUGAUCGCCAGGAUUGCGAAUCUGAUUGGGAAUAGAGUUGAGCAAACAGCUUGGUUUGCUUGGAGUUGUUGCCUUACUUUUUAAUAUGUAUUUAUAAAGUAUUCCAGCAAAAGAGGAUGUAGCCUCUGAGAAAAAAAAAACAAACCAACAAACAUGUUACAGUGUUUUUUGUAGAUUCUCGUUCUAUAUUUCAUCACAGCGCCAGCCCUGUUUUUAGCCAGAAAGGAUUCAGGAUACAUGUCAUUAUGCGUCCUGAACUGGAUGCCUAAUUCCUGACUACUGUAUUUGUUACCAAAAGUUCUACAAAUGCUACUGAAAAACAAAUCUGGAAAUUCCUAAUGUCCUGAGUAUUAAUAAUAAAGUUUAAAAAUGCUUUUAUAUCAAAAGUGCAUCGUGACCAAAUUGUUUAAGAAAAACAGAAGCAAAAACAAAAACAAAAUCUAGGGCUGUAUUCUAGAUUUAUCUAUCUGGCUCUCUGCUUUUAUUUAAAAGAGGAAUCUUACAUCUUGGGGAGAUAAAAUGCUGACAAUACUUGUGUACAGUAUGUACUUACCUAAUGCAGUUGCAUUAUUAUGUACCGAAUGAUCUAUGUUUUGGGACUUAUUUCCAGGAUGCUUUUGCUUGUUCUGAAUGUGGCAACAGUGAGUUGAUAAUCCUAAACCGUCACUCCCAGCAGUAUUUGUGGUCUAGAGCUGAUUCCGUGUUCAUGUGUUGGAUCGUGAUAGUAGCAAACAUGAACAUCUGAACCGUUGUUGCUCUUCAAUAGAAAUACAAUAUCAAUAUGGGCUUGUAUAUUUUAUUCCUUCCAUUUUAAAGUAUAAAAUAGAAUAAUGCAGUUUCGUUAUUUCCACGAAAAGGGGGUUGGGGGGGGGUCACUGACCUUUUUCCCAGUAGUGUUUCAGGAUUAUCAGAUCACAGUGUACGUGUGUGUCAAAGUUGGCUAAUUAUGGAUCUUGUCAUCUCAAUCACUUUGUAAAACUAAAAUGAAACUUGGCAUUGUUAAUUCUGAGAGAGAAACAGCAGUAAAAGUGUCAUAUGCAACACCAAACACAACAUGGUUUAAUGGAAUGCAUAGAUUUUCUCCAAAACAACAGUAAUCAGGACCUAAUGUACAGUUGGCCAUGGCUGCCAAAGAUGAAAUUACUGAGUUUAAAAGUGCUAGAGUAAAGGUGCAAAUUUAAGUUCUAAAGAUUAAACGAAUCAUUUCCACCAGUUUAUCUGAUUGUAGCCCAUCCAUUUUAAUUCUGCAUUUACAUUUAUUUUGUUGGCAGUGUAAACUUGG